GUCUCUGAGGUUGCUGGUCAGGGGGCUAGGCCUGCUCUUAGGUGGACUGCUGUAAUGUCUGGGUUUGUUCUCCGUCGUUUUGUUGACUUGAUAGGAAAUGGGGUUAAGACUGACAAGGGUUUUAAGGAAAUCCACCUUAACUCUGUUGCUAAAAAUGUAUCUGAGUUCUGUGGCCAAGAAGUAACAGGCCAACAAGUGUACAAUCACCUUCGUAAGUGGAGGUCUAGGUGGGUCAAGGUUUGCAAACUAAAGAACAUUAGUGGCGCUCUUUGGGAUGAGGAUAACUUUGUCAUAAGCUUAGAAGAGGGUCAUUAUGCUGCUUACAUCAAGGAUCACCCAAAAGAUGCUGAUUACCUCAAUAGGCCCAUAGAGAACUAUAUGCCUAUGCAAAUCAUAUUUGGAAGUGGGGUUGCCACAGGUAAGUUUGCAAUGGGUUCAAAUGAGCCUUUGGGCAAGCCAACUGACAUUGUUGACAUCCUAGAUGAUGGCAUUGAAGUGACCUCAAAGUUUGUUGAUUGUUCCAAUCUAACUAACAAGGGGAAGACUGUUGACAAGGGUACCCCUGGUGAGUCCAAUGAUAACAAGCCUAACUUAGGGAAGAGGAAGAGGUUCAUGACUGAUGAGGAUGUUGCUGUGUUCAAUGGGAUGAAACAAGCUGUUUCAGAUGUUGUUGCUGCUGUCCGUGAAAGCAUCCAUGCUGAAGCAGCACCUGGGAUCUACAAUGCUGUAAUCAACUGUCCUGGGUUCUCUAGGGAGGCUCUCAUGUAUGCCCUAAACCACAUGAUGGAGCACAAGGCCACCUCCCUGGUGUUCCUGGACAUGACUCCUGAUGAUCGUGACCUAUGGCUCAAGACUUUCCUAGCCAAGCACUACCACAACUGAUGUGAUCUGAUCUGUCUAAGAACAAUGAUGUAUCCCUGAGUUCUAUGGGUGUAUGGGUUUAGGACAUCUAUAUUGUCUAAGAACAGAUUUGGUCCACUUGCUCUAUUCCAUCUAUCCUAGAUGCUACUUAAGAACAAUGAUGUAUCCCUGAGUUCUAUGGGUUUCCCUGUUUAAGAACAGAUAUGCUACAGUUUAUCUGAUGUGUCUCUCCUUUAUCCUGAUUAAGAACAGAUUUGGUACUUGAGAACAAUGAUGUUUCCCUGUUUGAGAACUGAUAUGCUACACUUGAUCUGAUGUGUGUGUCCUUUAUGCCAAUGAUGAUAACAAAAGUGAAUAUUAAGCCUACUCAGUUAGCCAGCCACUAAUGACAGUCAUUUAUGUUGUUUUGCUGUUUUUGGUGUUUAAGAACAGAUAUGCUACACUUGAU